AUGUCGAACAUACUUUUAUCCGAGGUAGGCUGGGACGAGGGCUUUGCCAUCCCAGUUGCCAAUGCAGAAAAUAAAUGUUUGGAAGAUGAGCUUCAAAUGAAACAAAAUCAGAAGUUACAACUGGAGAACAAACUUGGUGGAUACAAGGAUAGAAUACAAGCCAUGGCUGAACACCUGAAAAAUGUUAGGCAGGAGUUAUCUCAAACUCAGGCUCUGUGCAAAGCCAGGGAGAAAGAGACUGAGUCGGAGAUGCAUUUCAAGGCCCUGGCGGAGAGAGAGGUGGGCCGCCUGCAUCAGGAGAUUACACAGCUGGACAACGAGCUUGGAGCUCUGAGGGAGAAGAAGAAUGCACAAGAGAACAACAUCUUCAAAGCCACCCAGAAGCUGGAAGAGCUGAAAAGCCAGCUGAAUUGGGACCAGCAGACCCUGGAUGCCUGGCUUGAGGAGUCGGCACACAAGGACGAGGACACCAUGGCCAUCAUCAAGUACGCCCAGCAGGACGAGAGCAGGAUACGGGAGCUCACCUUGUUGAUAGAGAAGAUGACGCUUGAGGCCAACCAAAAGCACAAGGCACUGGACAAUGAACUGACUGAGACCAUAUCAGCACAGAUUGGUCUGGAUAAGACAGCAGAAAACUUCCGCCAGGCUCACCUAGAGAGACAGGAGCUGAUCCACCAGUGGGAGAACACCAUCGAGCAGAUGAAGAAAAGAGACAGCGAGAUGCAGCAGUGUUCAAUGCUCCUCACCCAAGUCAACCAGGACAUCAGAGAGAAGAAUGGAGUGAUCAAGGAGAAGAAGACCUUCCUGGAGAGUGAGACGGAGAACAACAAGGAGUACGAGAAGAAGAUAGCCAUGGCCGACCGGCAGGCGGCCAAGCUGAGACGGGAGUUCCAGGAGCAGGAGAGUAACCGCACCAGACUACAGGACGAGUUGGAGAGUCUGAAAGGGACAGUGGACAGAGCAGCUACUGAUGUCGAGUCCAUGAGGUCCCAACUAUCCAACAUGAAAAAGGACAUCCAGGACAAAAACAACAAGAUAAAGGGGGCCAAGCUUCAUAACACAGCCCUGGAGGAGAAGCUGAAGACAGUGACUGAGACGACCCUCAGCGUGGAGGAGAGGGCCGCUCAGAUGGAGCAAGUACUGAAGGAAGAGGAGCAAACUAUCAAAGACAUGGACGCCCAGCUGCACCGCCACCGCGAGGUGCUAUUCCGUGAGAGCCAGGAGGUACAGGCCCUGAGGUUGAAGGAGAAGGACUCCAUGGCCGUGCUCUCUGGGAGCCGGGUGGCCCUCUCCAACCUGGACAGCCGCCUCAGUAAACUGGACCAGAACUCCCUCAAGCAGCAGGAGAUCAUCUACAACCAGGACUUCCAGAUCCAGCUGCUGGAGAGGAAGAUGUUGCGUCUGCGUGGCGAGGUGAACACGGAGGAGAAGCAGGUCCUGGAGAAGAAGGCCCAAAAGCUGGCCCACAGGCUGGAGGAGAAGAAGAGGACGGCCACCAUGCUCACCACCCAACUCAAGAAGCUCCAGGAUGAUAUUCGCUGUGUGAGGAAAGAGGCGGAGAAGACAGGAGCUGAGAAGAGAGACCUAACCACCAAGAUCGAGGAGCUGCACCUGUUCAACCACAUCUCCGACAAGGAACUGAAGAAGCUCCGGCUCAAGAAGCAGGACACCAUGGUGGAGGACAACAUCCUGAAGCUGGAGAUCAAGCGUCUGCGUGACCUGCUGUACAACAAGGCGGACAGCGUGCUCUCGCUGGAGAAGCGGCGGCUGCAGCUGCAGACGGCCAUGAGGGAACGGGAGGAGGAGAUUAAAGCGCACCGGGAGAUGCUCAACAAGCAGGUCAAGAUCACUGACCAGGAGCGCCAAGGACUUAGUGCUGAGGUGCAUGAGAGACUGUCCAAGGUCGACAAGAUGAGGAAGCGCUAUGAGAUUAUGACUGUCUCGAUGGCUGCUCCCGAGGGAGAAGAGGAAAAAUCACAGGCUUAUUAUGUGAUCAAGGCUGCCCAAGAGAAAGAGGAGCUCCAACGUGAGGGAGACGAUUUGGACGCCAAGAUCCGCAAGAUGGAGAAGGAGAUCCGAGCGCUGGAGAACACUCUCCACGUCGUCAACAGCCGCAACACAACCUAUCGCAAAUCCUUCAACAAAGUGACUGAGUCCAGUGAGGAGUAUCAGGAGAAACUGAAGCUGGAUGAGCAGAAGAGAGCCGUUGAGGAGAAGUACAAGUACAAGAGGAGGCAGAUCCGAGAACUGCAGGAGGACAUUCAGGGCAUGAACAAUACACUCGACAACCUGCUUCAAGAGGAGGCCGUUCAGAAUGUGAGGACUGAAGAGACCCAGUCACGUAUCAUGUCUCUGAACAGAGAACUGGUUUCCCAGCAGGAGAAACUACACAGGGUCACUAAGCAGUGCUCCAAACUGACCAAAGAGAUCCGGUCGGGCAAGAAGGCCAAGGAGGAGACGUUUGAGGAGAGGGACAUUGAGCUGAGGGAGCUGAAGGACUUCAAUAAGAAUAUCAACAAGAUGCUGCUGGUUGCCAUGGAGGAACAGCCUGACCUCCGAUCAGCUCUACACAUGUACUUUGUCCAGGCCAACUUGCCCCUGCCGUCUCCUGCCUCCACCCCUGCCAGCCGACAAAGCUCAAAGACUAACUCUGCUCGCAGCUCCGUCUCUCUCAGGUCAGCUGGGUCUUCAGCAAGCAGCAGCCCAAGGGCGUCGUCAGUGCAGUCUCCCCCUGUUAAGACUCUGGAGCUGGGCUUGGGGUUGUCUGUUACGUCCCCUCCUCUCACCUCUCCACGGGACUCCCAUCCACCCAGCUCCACCAGCAGCAGCGGCAGCAAGCGCCAGAGCCCAUAGAGAAACCCUACAAUAGGACAGCCUCACUUACAGCACCAGAAGGCUAAUAUGACUGUAGUGCCAUUAGGAAAGAGAAUGUGUGUCACUGUUCAAUGUGUACUGAACAACCGUUUGGUGAGUUGAUUGAUUUGCAUGUUUUUUUCGUUUUUUUGGCAGUGAUAUGAGAAAUACACUUAAAUAAUAUAUGAUUUACCUUUUUUUUGAAAGGCACAUAUUCUCCAUUUGUCAGCUAACGUUUAUAGAAUUGUAUUGUAAAUGUGCAUAAAAAGUAUGUACUUUUUCUAAAUUAAGUUUUACUCCUGGCAAUGUGUUUCUGGAUAUAUCCCAAUAAAAUAGAUGGUUGCUUGUCAGAAUGAUCAAUUAGUUGAUAAUACAUUUGUUUUGUUUAAAUGCCCAAUGUAGUCAAAAAACGUGUUUUUUCUGUGUUUUAUAUAUAUUUCCA